CCAAUUACUCCUAAUCGGACGAGUAAGUAGCCAAAGUUGUUCAUACAAAUGGGGUUCCUCAAACUAACAAGUGUCUUCAACAUUUCACUUUUAUUCAUCCUUUUCUUCAUUUCAUCUACUGCUGCCAUAAGACCUACGCAGUGGCAAGGAGAGCAACUAUUCAGGAAAAUCGUGCCUGAUCAUUUUGAGACACUGCAGAGGGGACCGGUGCCACCAUCUGGUGGUUCUCCUUGCACCAACAUCCCUGGUGGAUCGGGCACUUGCCUUGUCAAUGAAAUCAACGCUGCCGGCCAUCUCCUUCGUUCACCGCCCGUGUUUCCUGCCGUCCAUGUUAUAAAGGCUGCGGGUACUACUUCCAUGGGAGAAUAAUCAUGUCACCAACUAGACUAUAAAGAAAAACAAAGCAACAUUCAUCCAUUUCUUCAUUCUUAUUCUGUGAAGCAGCAGAGUUUCAUACGCUAAAAUUACCCGAAACUGUAACUAAACUAGUGUACCAUGAUGUCUUAAAUCUUCUCUUUCUCUUUUUGCAGUGCAUCUUGUGAGCUUUACAAUCAAUUUUUUUAAAAGAGAAAGGAUGGUAUAAAACUAUGAUUCUACGUCAUUUUAUCUCUUUUCAAUAACAGAAUGACAAGUUAAAUUUUUACUCCUGAA